UGAUGGUAGUCCUAAUGUUCCUGGUGCAAUUUCGACGUCUGUAAGAUUACAUUUUCAAGAGCCUACACCGUUGUCACGUGCUUUUUCAAGAAGUUCUUUAACGUCGCGUGUUAACGGUUCCCUGUCUUCGCGAUUUAAUAAUACUCUAAGAAACCAAGUGCAAACAGGAGAUCACUGUUAUAAUAGUGGUGAUCGUGGAAGAACAACGCAUGACAACGGUGAUGUUAUGCGAUCUACUGGAGAGAUCUCUCCAGCAAGAACACAGUCUUGGAAAGAAUUGUAUGAACGAGAUCCACGGUAUGAUAAAUUGUUACCUUCGCCCGAAGAAAUUAUCCAACAAGAACAAAAAUUGCAGCAAGAAUUAUAUCAAUACCAAAAUGGAAGGGCGUGGGUACAAUAUGCACUUCAAAACUCCAACGAGGUCAUUACUGAGCAGAAAGAAAUAGAUCAACUAUUACCGCGACGGUUAUCUCAAUCUUCUCCAUCAAAUGGUCAAGUUCUUAAUGAUGACAGCAAAAAACAUGAAGAAAAGAAAGAAAAUUCAAAAGAACAAUAUCAACUCAAUAUUUUCUUUACAAUCUGCAGGCACAUUAACGCAGAAUAUACAAUUAAAUCAUGGCCAAAAAACAAAAGGUAUUGCGCAAUAUUACGCGUGCCAAUACUUAAAAGAUCAUUUGGCGGGUUUAAAAGUACAAAAGAAUUAGCAUUAGAAAUGGUAGCAGGAAUGGCAAUCGAGGAAUUCUCUAGGAGGAUGCCAGAAAUCGCACAUAAUGUGUUGAAAACGGAAGAUUUAGUUACAUUAGAAUGUUUGAUUGAAAAUUCUGCGAAGGUUAAUGGAGAGAAAGUAUUGAAGAAGAGACAAAAAAUGAAAUGUGAGAAUGAUAAGAAAGUAAAAGUGAAUGAUAAUCAUGAAAUUUUGCCUGCCGAAUGUGAAAAAAAAGAAAACCAUAUCCAAAAGUGUUCAUUUGUUGAAAAUGAGAAAGAAACAAGUAUUGAUAUGGAAGGCUUAUUUACAAGUGGGAAAGAAGAUCAUAUGAAUGAUUUACUAAUCGAUCAGGAAAAGGACGAGAGGAUGAAAAAUAAGGUAGAUGAAAACGUUUACGCAAAGGAGGAAAACAUCGUUGUAAAUGGAAUGACCAUUGAGGACGUAAAGAUCAAGCUUAAUAAAGUUGAUGAGAAUGAAUCAUCUGAAGAUGAAGGCGAUGAAGAAGAUAUAAAUUCGCAAUUUGGCGACAAUUAUAGUACCAAAAGUGAUGAAUCUUCAUAA